GGACCUGUCCUCCCGGCCCAACCUCUCCAGAUCUCGCGCCUCUCCGGCAGCAGGGUCGCGCCUCGCCGUUGGCACGAUGAACCGCCACCGCCGCGGCAUCUUCGACGGCCUCCCGAUUCCGGCCGACAAAUCCUACCUGAAAGAAGGGCUGUCGCGGAUCGACGAGGGAUGGGCGGCGGCGCGUUUCGACUCGCUGCCGCACGUCGUACACAUCCUUACCUCCAAGGACCGUGACGGCGAGAUCCAGUUCCUCAAAGAGCAGAGCGACCUUAUCGAGGACGUAGUCGACGAGGUCGUCCACGCGUACCACCACGGUUUCAACAAGGCGAUACAGAACUACUCCCAGAUCCUGCGUCUGUUCAGCGAGUCCGCGGAGAGCAUCGCUGGGCUCAAGGGGGAGAUGGCAGAGGCCAAAGCGCUCCUUGGGAGAAAGAAUCAGCACCUGGGGCAGCUGUGGUACCGGUCCCUCACGCUGGGCCAUGUGAUCUCCCUGCUGGAUCAGGUUGAGGAUGUUGCCAAGGUUCCUGCUCGGAUUGAAAACUUGAUGGCAGAGAAGCAGCUAUACGCUGCAGUGCAGUUGCAUGUCCAAUCAAUGCUGAUGCUUGAGCGGGAAGGCCUUCAAGCGGUAGGUGCUCUCCAAGAAGUUCGCUCUGAUCUGACGAAGCUGCGAGGUGCACUGUUUUACAAGAUUUUGGAAGAUCUUCAUUGCCACCUAUACAACAGUGGAGAAUAUAGCUUGAUGACUUUAAGCAUGGUUGACAAUGAGGAAGUACCGACUUGUACAGCUACUGGCCGCUUAGUAAACAGCAUGCAGCCUCUGUCCAGGAGAUCUAGGUCAAUUAAAGGUGAAAACCACUUUGGCGGACCGGCGGCUGCAGAUGGGAUUAGUAAAAUUAGUUCUGUUGAUGGCGGUUCUUCAUUUGAUGGCCCAGAUGACGAUAGUAGCUUAGACAUGCGUGAAAGUGAUGGUGUGCGUGGCCGGAAGGAUUCGACGAGCAUCUCUCGCAAAAUCCCGAGUUUUCUUUCUUGUGCUACACCAGAUGAGUUCCUUGAAUCAAUGAUAAAGACCGACGCUCCUCUCAAUGUGAAAUACUUGAGAACAUUGGUGCAGUGCUUAUCCAUGCUUCAAAAGGUUGCAGCUGCUGGAGCUGUCAUAUGCCAAAGAGUUCGGCCGACGAUUCACGAUGUUAUCACUUCAAAGAUAAAAUCAUAUACGGGAGAGGCUUCAAAAUCCAAUAUAGAUAAAAUUGGAAGAGAAACAACAUCUGAUGUGUCGCACUCACAUGGACCUGGCACCCUUUACCAGUUGUCCAAACAGAAGACGAAGAAUGGGGCAUUGGCAGUGGCAACACAACUUGUUUGUAGUCCCAUCUCUCCUGCUAUGGCGCCCACAGGGGAUGCUCAGCAGGCAGCUAGCAAACUUCUUGGGUCAAUAUUCGAAUGUCUAGUUGACAUACUAGAGAACCAUAUUACCGUCGGGGAGCUUCUUGAACAAAAAUCAUCAACUGAAGUUGAAAAUGUGAAUACACCUCACGUAGCAAAUGGUGACACAAGCUGGAAUCCAGAUUCUGAAUAUUCCCAAGCUACUGGUGGUUUUAGUGUUGCUUUCUCUCUUUCUGUUGUUCAGAGUGAGUGCCAGCAACUUUUGUGUGAAAUUUUGCGGGCAACUCCAGAAGCUGCUACCGCUGAUGCAGCUGUUCAGACAGCUAGGCUUGCAAAUAAGGACCCAGUGAAGGAAAAGAGGGAUGGAUCAGAAGGCCUUUCUUUUGCUUUUCGUAUUACAGAUGCAGCAAUCUCUGCGCAAAAUGAAGUCUCAGGUCAAGGAUGGCGAAGAAGCUCAACUGUACCACAAGAAGGGUAUGGAACAGCAAGCGUCAUACCUGAUCAAGGGAUCUUCCUAGCUGCAUCUGUUUACCGUCCUGUCUUUGAGUUUAUGAAUAAUAUAGGAUUGGUGCUUCCUCCAAAAUACUCGCAACUUGGGAAUGAUGGGUUAUUGGCUUUUGUGAACAACUUCUUGAAGGAGCACUUCUUGCCAGCUAUAUUUGUAGAUUAUAGAAAAUGUGUUCAGCAGGCUAUAUCUAGUCCAGCAGCAUUUAGACCACGUGUAAAUGCAACCUCAGUAUAUAGUUCAGUAGUGGAGAAUGGGCGCCCUGUACUACAGGGGCUUCUGGCUGUUGAUAUAAUAGCCAAAGAGGUUCUUGGCUGGGUUCAGUUGAUGCCGAACUAUGCCACUGAGCUUGUUGAGUAUGUUCGCACAUUUCUGGAACGUACACAUGAAAGAUGCCGUGCAUCAUAUAUGGAGGCUGUUCUUGAAAAACAAAGUUAUAUCCUUCUUUCAAGGAGUGAUGUUGAAAGUUUAAUGCGCCUGGACCCAGCAAAUGCUUCUUUGCAAAAUUCGUUUGGUCAACUUGAAAACUACAUUCCAGAAGCAGAAGGAGUUGAAGUAGAGAUUGAACUAAGUGAUCUCUUAUUGGACAUGGGCCCAAUCAAACAGGAAAACUUGAUCCAUGAUGAUCAGAAAUUAAUAUUACUAGCAUCUCUUAGCGACUCGUUGGAAUAUCUAGCAGAUUCAGUUGAAAGGCUUGGUGAGUCAUUCAUAAGUCCAUCCACCACCGUGGAUAACAAAAGUCACAUGCACCAAGGGUGCCACACUCGCUCAACUAGUGCAAUUCCGAAAAACCUUGCAUCUCUUGCUAAUGAGUACAGAAGGCUAGCGGUUGAUUGUGUCAGAGUCUUGAGAUUGGAAAUGCAAUUAGAAACAAUAUAUCACAUGCAGGAAAUGACAAAAAGAGAAUAUGUAGAAGAUCAAGAUGCUGAAGAUCCUGAUGACUUCAUCAUCUCACUUACAACUCAGAUUGCACGUAGGGAUGAAGAAAUGGCUCCCUACGUUGCAGAACCGAAAAGGAACUACGUAUUUGGUGGAAUUUCUAGCGUUGCUGCUAAUGCAUCAAUAAAGGCACUUGCACAGAUGAAGUCCAUCAACCUGUUAGGAGUCCAACAAAUAUGCAGAAAUUCGAUAGCACUAGAACAGGCCCUUGCAGCCAUGCCCUCAAUUGAUAGCGAGGCAGUCCAACAGAGACUAGAUCGUGUUCGGACAUUCUAUGAACUGUUAAAUUUGCCUUUUGAGUCCUUGCUCGGAUUCAUCGGUGAACACGAAUAUUUAUUUUCUGCCAAAGAAUACUUGAGCGUAUUAAAGGUCAAUGUACCUGGUAGAGAUAUACCGAUGGAUGCUGAAAGACGCAUCUCACAGAUUUUGGGCCAUUAAAUCGAGUUCCGACAUGAUGAGUUUUGCUAUGUGGCACACGCCUCACUGAAUCUUUCUCGGUUUUCUUGGUGCCUGUAGUUAAUCUUGCUAUUUCUGUUUGGUUCCUUUUGGUUACCUUUUAAGGGCAGAUAGUUUUUUGUGUCUCAAUCAUUGUGAAUUUGUGCGAGUAGUAAGUUAAACCAGCCUCAGUUUUUUAUUCCUGUAAAUGUGUAUUCUCUUGGGUAUAAUAUUAAUAAAGUUCCCAAAAUUAUAUGUAA